UAGCGCUCGAGUAGCUGCAGCUUCUUCAUGGAAUUAGCUUCGGACAUAGGGGUCCGUCAUUCUGUCGUCCUCUCCAACCUUAACAUUCAACAUUUGGUCGACUUUUCGCCGGCGACAGUCUCAAUUGUCAGAGAGAUCCGCUACUGCGUGAUCGCCAUUGCGGUUGGGUGGACCACUACUCGUGUUGUUUCUGCGCUGUUGAAUCGAAGAGCCCCUCCAGAUCAGUGACGCUCUAGAGUACCCGGCAUCCGUUGUUCUUUGGAAUUUGUCUCCUUGUUUUACCUUUCCUUGGAAUAUUCAAGACGUUGUUCCCGCCAUUUGCCCAGAUCGAGUUGCACUUGAACAAGAAGUGAUACUUGAUUGAUCGCAUAGACACUAUGAAGUUUCAAAUUUCCUUACCCUUGUUCGCUGCUCUCACAGCGGCACAGGUUGUGAUUGAAGGCUCUAGCUUUGGUUACGGUCAAACACUAUCGCCGAACAGAGACACCAUCCCAGGAUGGCAAAUCGGAGGAGAAGGUCAUUCUCCUCAGAUCCUCUCCAAUAAACUUAUUCUUACUCCCCCGUAUCCUGGCAACACCAGAGGUUACGCUUGGGCACAGGCUCCUGUCUCCCAUUCGGAAUGGUCAGCUGAAUUCCAGUUCCGAGCAUCUGGAGUUGAGAGGGGAGGAGGUAACCUUCAGCUCUGGUAUGCGAAAGACGGCCAGAGCAAGAUUGGCUCAUCUAGCAUUUACACUGUUGGCCAAUGGGAUGGCUUCGCGCUCGUCGUUGAUAUGCACGGCGGAAGACGCGGUAGCAUUAGAGGGUUCCUCAACGAUGGCACAACAGACUAUAAGAGCCAUAAAAGUGUAGACAGCCUUGCUUUCGGACAUUGCGAUUACUCUUACCGCAACCUUGGACGGGCUUCCGUUGUUCGUCUGAAGCACACGAAUUCUAUGCUCGAAGUCACUGUCGAUGACCAACUUUGCUUUGCCACAAACAAGGUCACCCUUCCCGCUGGCAACACCUUUGGUGUGACAGCCGCGACACCAGAAAACCCCGACUCGUUCGAGAUCUUCAAGUUUGUCCUGCAGUCCGCCCAGUCCGGUGCCUCUCCCCCAGUCCAGCAGCAGCAGCAGCGGCAACCAGUCGCCGCCCAGGGUCAAACGCAGCAACAGCCCCGGUCAGACCAGCCGCCCACCAACGAACAGUAUGUCGACCUCUCCGCCCGUAUUGAGCUCGUCAACAAGGCCACUGGCAACAUCAUCCGCGAAAUCGGCAACCAAGGCAAGCAAAGUGAGAACCGCCACCUAGACCUCCAGCAGAAACUAGCCACCAAGGAGCAAAUCACCAGCCUCGAUGCCCGCCUCCAGAAAAUGGAACAGAUCCUGCAGAGCAUCCAGCGCGACCUCGAAGGCAAGGACUACCACAGCCGCUUCAACCAGCUCCAGGAUACCCUCCGUUCUUCUCACCUGACCUUAACCGAGCACCUCCAGGGCUCUGUCCUCAACGCAAUCACCGCGUCCACCCCCCGCAUGGGCUUCUUCAUCUUCCUCAUCAUCGCCUUCCAGGUCUUCCUGGCGGUAUCUUAUGUCGUUUACAAGCGCCGUCGUGCUAACAUGCCCAAGAAAUUCCUCUAAGCGGCUAACCAAAAAAAAUCACCUUCCCCUCCCUUAUGCACAAGAAUAGUUUCGCAAUUGGCACAACUUCGCAUUCAUGAUAUACAAAUCUCGUUUCGACUGUUUUGUUCUGCCCCUCCUAAUACGGAGGACACGGAAAUCUAGAUCCACGAAAGUCAUGUAGUAAUGUUAACUUUACAUCGGCUUUGCGCUGCUUUCUUGUUUCGGUGUGUUCGUGCUUUAAGAAUGGCUUCGGUUCGGGGGUCGUGAUGUAAGCCGACUACUGUUGUUUAUUGUAGUUUUUUUUUGGGUUCCUUGUAUAUUUAUAUUUAGAUGUGAAAUCUUCAUUCUUAGCUGUUUACUUUGGGGG